AUGCCGCAGGAACGCGAAGCACGGACGGAGACCGACUUGGCAAGCGUAGCAGAUGAAGGCGAGGAGGGUGUAGAAGAUCCACAGCUGCCAAGUCAGGUCGAACAGGCAGAGGAGCACUGGAGGAAGGCGGCUGAUGAAAAGCGGAUGGUCGAAGCAGAAGCCAAGAGUAGACGGGCUGAAGAGAUGCAGCGGCGCAGUGAUGGCGGCACCGAUCCUACCGUCUCUUUUCCGGGAACUGGAGACAUACGUGAAGCAUGGGAGCGUGGGGCACGAGCCGCUGCAAGGGCACACGUGGGAGAGGCAGGAGAGGAGCUCGCCAGCAAUGUGCGGCAGCAUAUCGAGGAGGAUAGGGGAUACGAGGGAGAUGCGCUGGAAACAGAAGAGGAGCAGAAUGAGGAGGAUACGGUACAUCCGGCAGUACGGAUAUUUUUGGGAGGAAGUCCGACGCGGGGACCAGGAACUGGGGUAGAGGGGCCAUGGAGGGUGGCAGACGAUGGGGCGCCUAGGGAUACAGUGGGUCUCAACAGGCAGAGGCGGCCCACCCUUCACCAGAGAGCAGUGGAGAGGAAUCUCGGCCAAGGCGGGGUGGCAGAAGCGUUUUGGCAGGUAGAGUGGGUCGAGGCAGAGACGGCAAUACGGCGGAUGCUGCAUCGGACGAGUACAGUCCUGGUCGAACAAGGUGACAGGUUCGUCGAGGCCGAAAGCUGGGACAUAAGCCCGGCAGAGGUAACGCGUCGUCUGACGCUCUUAGCCCGAAUGGUGACGCAGACGUUCUGCAACUUGGCGGCCCGCAACAGCAGCAUCAGUCGCGACGUGGCCGAUCUGACCGUCCAUUACUGUCGCGACGCCCUGGCCAACCUGGAAGAAGUCCGCCAUGGAAACGAGGAACGGCGGCGCCAAGCUGAAACGGCGGCCAGGUUUCGCGAGGAGGUGGACACGAGACUCUCCAACUUGCAGGAGAGUAUCGUAAGGGUGAGUGAUCAGGUUCGCCAGUCGGGAGGGGGGAUGGCGGAGGGCACGUUAAAGGGGGUGGAAGAGAGGUUGAGAGAGGUUCUGAGAGAAGAGUCUGAGCGGCGGAACAGGGAUAGACUGCAGGACAAGGAGCGGAGGCAGAAGGCCAUGAGGAAGGAAGCAGACGCCGCAGAGAGACGGAAGAAGGAACAACAGCAGGAGGAAGCGCGUCGGCAGAAGGAGAUGAGAGAGGGAAUGAAGGAGAUGAAGGAGGCGAUGAUGAAGGAGAUGAAGGCAGAAAUGAAGGAGAUGAAGGAUGGGAUGGUAAACCAGAUUGUGGGGAGGUUGAGCGCGGUUUUGCGAGAAGAAUCCGAGCGGCAGAAGAAGGAGAGGCAAGUGGACGCGGAGCGGCGACAACAGCAGGACGCGAAGAGGAAACAAGUGGCGGACGACGAGGAGAGACGCAAGAGGAUACAACUGGACGAGCAAUGGCGGAAGGAGGAGGAGGUGAAGAGGAAGGACGUAGAGGCCACAGAGCGGCGGAGGAAGAACAAACAUCAGGAGGAAGAGCGACGGCAGAAGGAGGUGGAGGCGGGAAUGAAGGAAGUGAUGGAGGCUGUGAAGGAGAUGAAGACGGGGAUUACGGGGUGGAAGGAGGGGAUGAUAAGUGAGGUGGAAAAGCGGCUGUCAAUGGUUCUGAGAUUGGACGCAGAGCGGCGGCAAAAGGAGGAGCAGGGUAGGAAGGCAACGGAGGGAGAUCGGCGACAGAAGGAGGAUGCGCAGAGGAAGGAGGCAGAGGAAGCAGAGCGGGUGGAGAGGGAGAAACAGCAAGAGAUGGCGCUCCUGCAGAAGGAGGAGGCGCAGCGGAAAGAUGCAGAGGAGGCCGAGAGGCAGGAGAGGGAGAAACAGCAGGAGAUGGUGCGCCUGCAGGAGGAGGACAGGCAGAGGAAGGAGGCAGAGGAGGUAGAGCGGCGUCAGAGGGCGAAACAGCAGGAAUUGGACCGCCUGCAGAAGGAGGAGACGCAGAAGAAGGAGGCAGAGGAGGCCGAGCGGCAGCAGCGGGCGAAACAGCAGGAGAUGGAGCGCCUGCAGAAGGAGGAAGCGCAGAAGAAGGAGGUAGAGGAGGCCGAGCGGCAGCAGAGGGCGAAACAGCAGGAGAUGGAGCGCCUGCAGAAGGAGGAAGCGCAGAAGAAGGAGGCAGAGGAGGCCGAGCGGCAGCAGAGAGCGAAACAGCAGGAGAUGGAGCGCCUGCAGAAGGAGGAAGCGCAGAAGAAGGAGGCAGAGGAGGCCGAGCGGCAGCAGAGGGCGAAACAGCAGGAGAUGGAGCGCCUGCAGAAGGAGGAAGCGCAGAAGGAGGCAGAGGAGGCGGAGCGGCAGCAGAGGGCGAAACAGCAGGAGAUGGAGCGCCUGCAGAAGGAGGAAGCGCAGAAGAAGGAGGCAGAGGAGGCGGAGCGGCAGCAGAGGGCGAAACAGCAGGAGAUGGAGCGCCUGCAGAAGGCGGAGCAAUGCCGAGCAGAGAAGAGGGCCAGACUUGCAUCCUACGCGGAACAGCAGCGGCAACUGGAGGCAAAGGCAAAGGCGAUGGCUGAAGAGACGGAACGAUUGGCAAGGGAGAUGGAAGAGGAGGAUUUGACCAUGCAGGGGGAGGGGACGUGGACAGGAGUCGAGGAGGAUUUGACCAUGCAGGGGGAGGGGACCUGGACAGGAGUCGAGGAGGAAAUAGUUGAGGGGUUGGGGACUUUGCUGUUGAUUGAGAGCGGGGAGGCGAAUGUAGCAGAGGGCGUGCCUAGUGUUCCUGUACGGAAUGUAGAGGUGUCCAGGAGGCGGCCUAGACAAGAGGACAGGGAGCCGGAGGGUCAUGCGGCUAAGAGACGGCGUGCAGCUGGAAUACAGGAGUUGAUACCCAUAAUCCAAGGGGAAAAGAAAGGGAUGAAGAUCGACAAGUGUGACAACAGGAAAAACGCCGUAGUGGACGACAAGGGUAAGACUUUGGGUGUCUGCCUGCCGUUCAGGGGAAGCGGGUUCUCUCAACGGGGCGAGGGAGCUUUGCAGAAGUGGACGUCUGAGCAGACCGUCGGCGGCCGGAAGCGGAACCUCGGCUCUCACAAAACGGUGUGGGAGAGGGCAUACACGGUCGCAGUCUGCUGGAAGUUCUACUUCCCGGAUAUUGACAUGCAGGCAUACGGCAUGAAUCCAAACCGUAUAAACAAGUGGCGGGAAGACCUCGACUUCACAACGUGGCUUCCAACAGGGGUGUGGAGCGUCAUCAACGAACUCCACCUGGACAAACCGGACGGAUUCUCACUCGUUCAAACCAACACGGCUCUUCGGCAGCAGCAGGGGGAUGGCUUUCAGGUAGCUGCCUGCGCUGGUGUCGGAAUAACUGCGUGGCAGAAGAUGGUGGGAGGCGUGGAGGGUGAAAACGGCUAUUCGACGGAAGAACACGCAAUCGGACUUGCCGCCACAUUGUCUGUAAUGUGGGCCGCAUCCACGAAUGUGGACCAGACCCAGUGGGAGACGGGCGCAACAACAGCUGCACGUGGAACUUCUACAGCCAUAGCAUCUUCUGCUGCCAGAUCGUCCACUGCUGCCACCGCCUCGUCGGAUGCCUCGUCAUCUUCUGCGGCCGAUGUGCCCUCUGCCGUCCACAAUGCCCUUGCGACGCUUGCAGCCUCGGUUGCUUGCGUUGCGGUUGAGGCGAUGAGGUCGGUAAAGGAUCAGGAGCAUGACAAGGAAGCGUGGAUUCUGCCCCUGUCGGAUGCGCUGCUGAAAGCGCUUCCGGCAGAGUCGCGAGCGGCCGAGGAUGCGAAGCGGAUGACGAGGGUGGUGGCAAAGGUGGUGACCUCUUGGUGCCUAUGCAGCAUGGCAUCAAGAGGCCUUCGCCAGCACCAGGGCGUCUGGCUCGGAGUCCUGCAGAAGAAGUUAGGCGGCCGGGAUACCACAACAGGGGCGGAUAAGGAGAAGAAAACCAAGAAAUCGUCCGCGAAGGGGAACGCGACGAAGGAUGCGUCGACGGAGGAGAACACCGGCACUGGCGGCCAGGAUUGA